GACGCCGUCUCUUGAUCCACACAUGCAUCGACAAUCCAUCGAUCCAUCUCAACGUACUUGACACCAAAGCAAAACAAGUUUACUUGGCAUGCACGCGAUGCCAUUCGACGGACGAUUGACGACGACGGUGACCUUGCACACUGGCCUAUAUAUGCGUGCAGGGCAUACAUGGUAGCUAGCAUCCCUGAAAACCCUCAAGCUUGUAGAACGAUGGGUCUCCCCAGCUGCCAAGUAGUAGAAAUUAACUCGUACAUCGGAAACCUAACGUCAUCCUACACGGAGAAGAGCAAUGAGCUCAGCAUGGUGGCCGCCUCCGUCAUCAUGUUCGUCCUCGUCGGCCUCUUCUUCAACCUCAACCUCUUCAGCGGCAUCUCCGACAUCAGCGCCAUCCUCGACCCCAAAGUCCGCCUCGUCCUCACCUCGGCGCUCUCCCUCUUCCUCCCCGUCAUGUCUUACCUCUUCUCCGAGGCCAAGAACACCGGGCACUUGCAGAGCUCCACCACUGCUGGGAGCACUCAGGUGGCUGACCUCCCGCUGAGGGCAGGGCUGAUCCUGGCAUGGAUGCUCCUGGUGGAGCUCCUCCGCAAGAAGGUGGAUGAGAUCCGCAUGCGCGGGUUCUCAGGCACCAUCCAGCGCGCCGGCCGAGUUGUUUGGCUGGGAAGCCUCGUCUUCUUCAACAUCGAGAGCGCUGGCCGGAAGGCGGUGUUCAGCAUACUCUGGAUCCUUUGUGCCACCAAGGUGUUGCAAAGAAUCGCCUUCACCGAGGUGGGGAAGCGUUCAUACGCACAUGGCAAGAACGCCCGGCUCAUCAGCUCCUACAUGUCCCAGAUGCUAGAAUGGGAGCCGCCUCAAGAUGCCCACCUGCAGCAGGAGGAUGACAACGACACGUUGAUCAAGACGUGCAAUUACAUUGUCAUGGGCGAAGAGAAGCUGGUGGAUAUUGAGCCCACUGCAGAUGGUUACAAGCUGGGAAAGGCCAAGUCCCCAGGUUAUGAUAGCAUCGUCAAAUUGCUGGAAGAAAAUGAUAGCAUCAUCACUGUACGUAAAGUUUGGGAGCUCGAUGACAAGGACAAGUUCUUCUCCCUUCAGCAAAUUCAAAGCUUGAAGAGAAUCUGCCUCUCAUUUGCUCUCUUCAAGCUGCUCCGUCGAAGGUUCGAGCACCUGCCGGCGGUGACCAAAGAAGAAGCUCGCAACUCCCAGAACCUUAUCUUGAAAGGCCUAUACAACAAAGGCCAAACCAGCUCGUCGGCGGAAGCAGUGUUCCAAGUUCUGAAUGAUGAGGUCAACUUCCUUAGUGAGUAUUAUCACUCUGUUGUCCCAGUGGUUCUUGCAAGCCCCUUCUUCCUCUUCAUAAACUACUUUCUUGUCAACAUAGUCGUAGCUUUCUUGUGCUUCAUGACAGUUAUUCUCUGUGGCAAUGGAGAUGUCAGGUACGCACUCCACAGCCUCGGUGCAGAUAACUACACCUUACAAUAUGGUGUUGGCAAUAUAGCCAUAUGCCUUCUGCUCAAAGCCACAAGUUCACCUUCAGCCUUCUUUUCCAUAGUAGACCUUUCCAUCACUAUCCUUCUAUUCAUAAUCUUCUUUUAUGAGGAAAUAUGGGAGUUCUUUGUUUUCCUACUCUCCAACUGGUUCAUGGUAUCAUUGGUCUAUAACUACAUCGCAAAACCAAGUUGGCUGAAGAGGUCCACCUUUCGGGGGGCCUUGUAUUGGGGGGGCUUCAGUAUUAUCAUGUGGCUGCGGACCAAGAUGAGUCAUGCUGACCUUAGGAUGAAGCAAUUUUCUGUGUUGAACCUUCGUUGGCCACCCAAGUUACCUCUCUUCGCCACAUUCACCAGCAUGGCGGUAAAAACAGUGGUGGUGCCAAGUAGUGUGAAAGAAUCCAUCAUGAAGUACCUUGCCAACCAGCAUGACGAUCCCCAAGCAAACCCUCUUACCAAUGGCAUGUCCACACUACAUAAUAGGAACAACAACCUUUAUUGCCAGGACCUCUCAUGGGCAUGCAGAAGCAAUAGUGUUGCUGAGGUGAUCCUCACGUGGCACAUUGCCACCAGCAUCAUGGAGGUCAAGUGUGACACCCCUCAGAAUGGCGAGGACAUAAGCAGGAGGAAGGUAGCCUUUAGGCUGUCCAAAUACUGUGCUUACUUGGUGGCUUUCCACCCGGAGCUUCUGCCUGACAAUCCAGAAAAGGUCGAGUGUGUCUUUGAGGACAUGAAAGCGGAGUUGAAGGCCAUGCUAGGGUGUCAGGACUACUAUCUCUCGUCGCAGCACAAACGAGUCCAGAAGAUCAUGGACGAGAAAACCACACCCCUAAGGCAAAACCAACCUUCUUCAACUGCAGGCCAGAGUGAUACUGACAAAAUAAAAGUUGCACAAGACGGUGUAAAUCUUGCAAGGUCACUAAUGACAAAAACUAACAAGUGGCAGGUGUUAGCGGACGUGUGGACGGAGAUCAUCAUAUACUUGGCCCCGUCGAGCGACGAGGAGCGUGUGAAGGGGCAUGAGGAGGCCCUGGUGCAAGGAGGUGAGUUCAUCACCGUGCUCUGGGCACUGACCACCCACAUCGGCAUAUCUAGGCCCAGCAAAUCGGAGAUAAAUGUUGGCCAUUCUGCAGCUUGAGGGAUCGAGAAGACACGGGCCUGAGUGUGCAUGGCGUUUCCAUAUGUGCUUUGCCUUUGCAUUGCAGCCACCUUGAUAUUGUUUGCUCUGUUUACGUGUGCAAUUUUUUCUUGGCGUGCUUUCAUGGAGAGUUUGUUUUGUUUGAUCUCAGCUACUUCCACAGCGAGCGGAUGUGUGUGUGUGUGCAGGAGGAUUUGUAAUUAGCAUCAAGUUUUCAUAUGAACUGUGAGAGCAUUUCACCUAA